UCUUAAAACCAAAACAACCUAGGUGUUUAGACUUUUAGAGUAACCAUUCGGUAACAUUUUAAUUUUCGAAUUGUUUGAGAAAGUUUUCUUCAAUCUUAAUUAUUAUCAUGCUUAAUUGAGCACUAAUGAGCAGUUACAUUUACAAUUAGUUGGUAUCGUCAAAUCUUUAAUGAAGAUGCCUAAUCAUUAAUCAUUUCAUUUUAGUGUUUUGGUGUUUGGUUAUUACUACCUAUUUUAGUGAAACCUGAACAUUAUGUUUUCGUUAAUAAAAUGUUUCUGUGUUCUACAUUUAGUGUUGUUGAGUUUAUCAACUUUGGCAAUUGAAAAAGGAACUUCAUUUCAAUUACAGGAACACAAUGUACCAAUGCCAGUUGAUGUUAUUAAUGUAAAAUCUUCUGAUAACUCCGAUAAACACAAAAAGUGGACUGGUAGAUAUUUACCCGACCGUUCACAUGAAGAAAAUUAUGGUAGUAUCUCAAAAAUUGUUACUGAAAAUGAAGAUUUUGCUGUGUAUACUGUGCCGGAACAAAAGAAAAGCAUGGUAACAAUGGGAUCUAUGGAUAUCAAUUCUACGUGUGACGAUGGAAAGACAAAUUUGACAAGAGAUUGGGAUGGAUCAUUUUACAAUUAUACGUGCAUGUUGAGUGAUGCUUUGCCGGUAUCUGAUAUUCGACCAUUAUUGGAUAGAGAUUUAGUGCCUAAAUAUUAUGUGGCUAAUCAUGUGUGCAUGAAAGAAUCAAUAUCUUACAAUCAUGAUAUUCCCUCAUUUGGUUCACAUCGUCCUGCUUGGGCCAGAUAUGGCGAAUAUAAAUUUUUACCAAAACAAAGAUGGUUACACAAUUUAGAGCAUGGAUCAGUUGUAAUGUUAUACCAUCCAUGCACUCAUCCAGUUUUAGUCCAACGUAUGCGAACAGUUUUAAAGUCAUGUCUUUUCAGGCAUAUUAUUACUCCGUAUAAUUUGGUGCCUGAAGAUAGGCCAAUUGUCCUUGUUACUUGGGGUAACAGACUGUACAUGAAUGAUGUGGAUACAAAGCUAGCAGUAGAUUAUAUAAAAAAGUAUGCAAAUCAUGCUAAGGAAACCACAGCUAGAGAUGGACAAUAUGAUCAUUUAUUGAUUGAGCCAGCUGAAUUAAUUUCACCAGAUGAUGUAAAUAUUUGCCCAACCCCACACAAACGCAAAAAUAGAAUAUAAUAUAAUAUGUUACACUGGUUUUAGUAUAUAACAAACGUCUUAAUGUAAUAAGGUACCUACUUAAAAUUUGUUGAACUAUUAUUAUAGUCACUCAAGUAUACUGUCCAAUGUGUAGUAUAUUUUAAUAAGUUAAAAAUAAAUUUUAUAUUAAAUGUUAUUUUGUAUUUAAACUAGUUAAUCUUAAGAUAAAGGAUCAAAUAAUCUUAACAAAAACAAUUUAGUUCUUAAUUUGUAUAUUAUCUUUUAUUAUUUCAAAUUAAAUACAUUUUUUUUUCCUUCA